GCAAGCGUCAACGAACUCAAUCGAUUGGGAAAAACUAGAAAAACUAGAGGAAAACCCUAAGCCAUUAGCCAUGGACGAAAUGCCGGACCUGUCGCACCUGACGCCACACGAGCGGAUGCAGAUCGAGAAUGUCCUUAUGCGCCAAAAGCAGGAGGAGGAGAAGCAAAAUGAGAUCAUGCGGCGCAAACAGGAUGAGGUGGUUACACUGGAAAUGCAAAUCAGACAACGCUCCGAGCAGCAGAAGAAGGCCGGCGUGGAGCUGGAUGCCACCUGUCACAUCUGCCUUAAGACCAAAUUCGCCGACGGUGUUGGCCACAUAUGCCACUACUGCAACAUUCGGUGCUGCGCCCGAUGCGGCGGCAAAGUGACUCUCCGUAGCAAUAAGGUGAUUUGGGUGUGCAUAUUGUGCCGCAAGAAACAGGAGCUCCUGUCCAAAACUGGCCAGUGGAUAAACAAGACAGCGGGCCACCAGGAUGGAUUCAUCCGGCGCAUUGAGCCUGAUGGCAGCAGUGACAUCUCCCAGCAGACCAUCGUGGAUCCGCACGACCAAACGGAUAAGCGGCCCAAGCUGGAACGAACUCGCAGCGCCGCUGAGAAGGAAAACCUGCCCAUGCAGCGAGCGGGGAGCAUGCUCCGGCGUCAGUACUCGCAGCAGGAGCAGCCCACCAACCGGAGGCUCUCAGUGUCUGACAGCGGAAUGGAUCCUAUGAUGAGUCCCGGCCAGCAGCAGCAAAUGCAGCACCACCAACAGCAGAUGCAGCAACGCUCCCGCAUGCAACCGAUGAAUCCUCAGCAGGCGCAGCAGGCAUAUGGCAUGCAACAACAGCAGCAGCAAAGAACCGGUGGCGCUUAUCCAGAGGAUGAUCCGCGUUUCUAUCAGGGCGAGCUAGAUGGUCUGAUGAGACAGCACCCGCACCUGGCGCAUCCCAGUCAGGUGCAAGCGCCACACCAGCCACAGUCACAACACCAACAGCAGACGCAACACCACCCACAGCAGCAGCAGCAGCACCUUAUGCCCCAGCAACAUCGCCAAUCACCGCAGCAACAUGUGCCCCAGCAGCAGCAGCAGCACCAGCAACAACACCAGCAGCAAUUCGCGGCUAGACAGCAGCAGCAUCAGGUGCAGCAAUCCUACCAGGCGCAGAUUCACCAGCAGCCUCACCAGCCAAUGCCGCCACACCACGGGCAGCCAGGCAUGUCGCAGAUGGGAGGCUACCAAAAGCCCCCGCCCUUGACCCGCAACCUGACCAUUUCCGGGGGUCAUGCCAUGGACACCAGCGCGUACAGCCAGCAGCAACAACAGCAGCAACGCCGGGCUCUGGCCGGAUCCCAGUACGCCUCACAGCAGCAGAGAUCCUUCAGCAGCUCCGAGGAGGAGUUCCAGCAUCAGCUGAUGCAGGCCCAGGCCCAAGCCAGCGGGGGGAUGCCCAGCGUGGUUACCGCCGGAUCGGACUAUGACGGCGGGCGCCUCCAGGUGCGCACCUCUCUGGAUCCGUGGCGCCAGCAGCGGAGCCUCAACGAGCGGGACCUGCUCAGCUCCGGCGGUGACUUACGCCACCUGUCGCAGACCAGUCAGCGGCUGUACGCCUCCGCGGACCAGCGAGACCGCUACGAGCUGCAACUACAGCACCGCGAGCGCCUCGAGCAGUAUCCGCUGACGCGAACCGCACGCCUGGACGUCCAGCAGCGGAACUCGCUCAAUCGCAGCAACCACGAGCGGCAGUUCUCCACGGCUGGUGGAGCGGGAGCAGCGAGUGGUGCUGCUGGCGCCUACCGACGUGCCCCGCCCUUGGCCGCUGCCGGCGGCGGCGGCAGCAGCAGCAGCAGCACCACUAGCAGCAGCUACUACCCCCAGGCAAAGCCGCAGAUUGUGAUUGGUCCGGGAACGGGAUCUGGAACGUUAUCGGCAUCGGGCUCCUACGAUAGAGGGGCAGCCAUGGCGGCAGAGGCGGCACGGGGCAGUGGUCAUCGCGGCCUGCUGGGCGCCUCAAGGAGCGGCGGGGGCAGCAGCUCCGUCAGCUCCACAGAGGCGGCCUACUGGGACGAACCGGCCACCAGCUCCUCCUCGUCAGCUGCCCAGGAUUCGCGGCGCUUCACCGAGCGCAGAAUAAAGAAGACGGUGCGCUUCGAUGCCCACGACGACGAGGCCGUCCUGCUGGCUGCCAAUCAAGCCCUGCCCCCGGUGACCGCAAUCCUGCCCUCGACGGCGGUGGAUGUGGGAGCUGCCACCAUUCUGAGCAGCGGGAAAACGCUGGACGGCGACUGGUCGCGUUGGGAGUCGGAACGCCAGGGCAGCCAGGACUCGGCCACCAAGGACUCAGGCAUCGAUACCAGCAGCACGUUCACCAGCAGCGAGGACUCGAAUCGCGGCGACGGUCCCAAGAAUCCGGUGAAUUGGCAAACAUCCGCGGACAAUACUCGCCUGAUCGGGCAUAUGAUAUUGCGUAAAUACUAUGACGGGGAGGAUAUAUUAGGCUUAAAGGUCAACGGCGGUCAGCCCCUUGGAGUGGGCGGCGGCGUCGCAGGAGGCGGCGCAGGAGGAGGUAUAGGAGGUCCAUGCGGGGCAAUUGUGGAGAAGGUGAAACGCGGAUCGGUGGCCGAUCUCGAGGGCCGGAUUCGACCAGGCGACGAGAUAAUCGAGUGGAAUGGCCGCAGCCUGCACAACAAGAGUGCCGACGAGGUUUACGACAUCAUCGACGAGAGCCGCCUGGACGCCCAGGUGGAACUGAUUGUGAGCCGGCCGAUUGGGACCGGCGGUGGCAGUGGCGGCAGCAGCAGCAACGUCAGUCCCAGCAGUGCCUGUUCCGCUUCCGCGUCCGGCAUAUCCGGCAUUUCCGGCGGCUCCGCCAGCAGCACCGCCCCGCGCCGCUCUUCGGCCAACUUUCCGCACAGCGGACUGGCCUGCAGCAUGGCGGGAAGUGCGGUGGUCAGCAGUGGCGGAAGAUAUCUUCAGCGAAAAGCUCCUGCGGUUGAGGCUAUCGAAAUCCAUCGAGAUAAGCCAAGUGUGCUGAUUACCUCGCCCGGUUCGCCGGACAUCCACACCGGUGUUCCAGGAUCAGGAGCUGGCGGAGGACUGCGGCAACGUGGCGUCGUCGCGCAUCAAACGCAACGCCUGGGACCAAGUCACAGCAGCCACAGCCACAGCAGCAGCGGGAGUGGCAGCGGCAGCAGCACCAGCAGCGCCCACACCGCCCCCUCCAACGUCACCAACCUCGCAUCCGCAUCCGCCACCGGCUCCGCCUCGGGCGGUCUGCACGGCACAACGACGGCGGGCCAUCAUCACCACCAUUGCCAUCCGCAUUCGCAUCAACACCCGCUACAACAUCAAGGACUGCCCACCGCCCACCUGCACGGUCACGGGGUGGGCGGGGGCGUGGCCAUGGGAAGCGGCUCAGGCACCACCACACAAGCGCUUCCGAUCGAAGGUCGGUUGCAGCUGAAGCUCGGCUACGACCAGAACACGUUGCAGCUGAUCGUGACCCUGGUCUGCGCCACCGGCCUCUCCCUUCGCCAGAGCGGAGCUGGCCGCAAUCCCUACGCAAAAGUGUUCCUUCUGCCCGAUCGCAGCCACAAGUCGAAACGGCGAACAAAAACUGUGGGCACCACCUGCGAGCCACGCUGGGGCCAAACCUUUAUCUACUCGGGCCUGAGACGCUGCGACCUCAGCGGCCGGCUGCUGGAGGUGACGCUGUGGGAUUAUGUUCGGUACGGGGCCAACGACUUCAUCGGCGAGGUGGUAAUCGAUCUAGCGCACCACAUCCUGGACGAUGAGGCGGAGUGGUACCAGCUGCAGCCUCAUCAGGAUACCUCCUACCUCUUACGUGACGAGGGCAGCGAUGUGGACGGCCUGAUACUGACACCGACAGAUCAUUUAUCACCGCCGAGCACCAUGUCGCGCCUGAGCGACUCGGACACAACGUCCGACUGUGACAUCGAUGGAAUGACCCCGGGGGCCAGCAUCUCGUCGAUGGGCAGCUCAGCGAGUCCACCACCCCUGCUUGAGAUCGAUCUAAACGAGCGUCGCUCCAGACGCGAUAUGUCUCCCCAGGGCCGCAAACGGGUGGCCGGGAUGGUGGCCCGCGACUACCGCACUGUAUCUGGCAUCGGACAAAGUUACCACAAUCAGGCAUCUGCCAGCGGCUACUAUCGUCGCGGAGGUGGUAAUGGUGUUGGUUCCGCCAUCGGUCCCGGUGGCAUGAGCCUUAGCCAACGCAGCCACUCAGCGGCACCCAGUGACAGCUACCACAGUGGUGGAGGAGGAGGCGGCGUUCCCUCUGGCGGAGUGGGCUACGGAUAUCGGAGUACCAGUCCGCGGCGCGGAUCUCUUUCGCCUCCCGACGAUCGCUACAUAGACUAUCCAGUUCUUCCAGUUCACGGCUCACCCAACGCUCCAUCGGCAUACCAGGGGCCGGGUGGCGCAUCCUCAGCGUCAGCUGCCACGCAGCAACAGCGGUUCCAGUCGCGAUCGGCUACAGCCACGCCUACAGGCUCUCCCAAGAAAAGGCAACUGCCACAGGUGCCCCAGACAUCUCGCAGCGCCAUGUUGAGGGACCGACUCGGUCAGGACUUUGACGAGCGACUGGCCUCGGGCGGCCGCUUUGGGCGGCACCGCACAAGGCAGCCCCACCACCAGGCCACCUACCGCAGCACUGGGAUGGGCGGCUGGGAGCGGCACUAUACGGGCCUUUCCGACAGCGACCUGCACUCGAUGGACACCAGGAUGCGACCACGACACUCCCUGUCGCCGGACAAGGACUUUAUGGGCGAGUUCGGCGACUCCGAUAUGGAGUCUGUGGUCAGUGUGACCUCCAGCGCCUUCUCCACGCAGUCGGAGCGACCGCGUACCUCGCGUGGCCUCAGCUUCCCCCGCAACUGGCGCAAUCUCUUUGGCGUCCGCAACAGUUUCCUCAGCGGAUCCGGAGGUGAGCCCAUCACCGGACUGCGGCUGCACCACUCGGAGCCGGGCAGGGCCAACACCAUCGAGGUGGAUGACUGUGAUUACCUGCCAUCGGGCGGGGCCCAGCAACUGGUUCUCCUCGAGCAGCUGGAGCAACUGCAACAUCUGGCCGCUCUGGCGGCUGCCGACUCGCCCCCAAUCUCCGCCAGAGUCGGAAUGGGCAUAGCCCCGCACCAGGUACUGGUGACGGAUGCCAACAGUGGCCAACUGGUGGAGCAGUUCUUCGUGGAGCCAGGCACCGUGGCCGAGGAGGCCCUUAUGCCGCUCGAGCCACUGGACCCACUCGAUCCCCAUGCGCAUCUGCAUCCACAUUCCGCCUUCUACUCGCCCCAUCUGCCCACCACCAUGCCCCCAUUCGACAUUUUUCCACCAAGACGCUCGAACGGACAGAAACCAAUCGUACAAGCCACCUCCGCCGCCUAUCCGCUGCAACCGCAACCGCAACCGCUGCCGCUGCUGCCGAGCUUUGAGCAAUUCAAGCGCAUUACCUCGCCCAUCACCAAUCUCUUCCGCAGCUCUUCGCCAGCGGGCGGCCACGCCCACGCCCAUGCCCACGACCAUGCAACGACUUCGCCCAGUUCUCUGGUGGGCUAUGUGCGGGAUCACCUGGACAAAAGCUGCAGCCACUGCCAGAACGGAAGCCAACCGGUGGUGUUGUCCACGCACCACACCUUGCAGUUGAUUGGCGCAUGUCCCGAUCCCUGCUGCCUGGCGGACGCGCAUCCCCAUCCCCAGCACCAGCCUAUGGGGUAUCCCUAUGGAGGCGAACCCCGGCCACCCUCCUCUGAUCCAGCCAUGUGCGGGGAGUGCGUCGAUCAGCACUUCCUCGGCGGCUUGACGGGGCCGCAACUUAAUCUCGGAGUGGUGCCUACCUAUCAUGUGCACACACCCACGCCAAACGCCCAUAGAAGGGCCAGGGGGCAGAUGAACACGCCGGCCCCGCCACCGACCCAAUCGGUCCUGCGGCUAUCUCGGCAGCUAAGUGAAGACGCUCUGGUGGCAGCUGUACCCAUUUCGGAGGCCAAAGCCCAGCCCACUUCGAUUCUGAAGAAACCGAAGCUGGAGCGCCGAAGACUCUUUCAUGAGGGGCAGUCGCGUUCGCUGGACUACGAUGACCUGCACACCAAGAGCUGGGGCAGGCGUCGUAUUCGCUACGAGGACGAGAUGGCGCCCACGGACGAUUACCCCUAUCCACAUCCAAGCGCCUACGCCCACUCGCCCACCUCGGCCAUGUCACGGCGAUACGGAUCCGAGACGAACAUCCGGCAGUCUUACAUGGGCGCCAAUGUGGAUGCCAGCAAUCCGUUGAGUCACUCGCACUUCCUGGUCACGGAUGACAAGAUCGUGACCAUAACCUACGACUCUGAUGUGGGUUGGACGCGUCGAGGAGUGGCGCCUUCACUUUUUCGAGGGACGCACCGCCAACGUGGCCUGACCGAUGCCAGGCACCACAUGUCCCUGGAUCUGCAGCGGACCAGCCAGCAGAAGCUGUACGGGCCGGCGGCUCCGUAUUUGAAACGGAGGCGGAACCUGCCACAUCCACCUAGCGCCCAAAACGCGCACAACUUUUCGCCAAUGGAGGGGGGAGCGGAUCAACUGAAUGCAGCUGUGGCGGGAGUGGACCAAACGGGCAACGGCGGAAUGGGUAGCGGUGGUGGUGCACACAACACAUAUAGCAAUACCGCCACCACACACAAUAGCAACCACCAGAAUAGCCUAGCGAGUAGUGUUAGCAAUCAGCAAUCAGCUAGGCAAAAAGGGAAAGAAGGCGGAUCGAUGAUCGGAGCAUCGGAGCAGCUGACGAAAUCUAGUAGUGGGAGCGGUGGUGCAACAUCUGCUGCCGCUGCUGGGCAUCAUGUCGUCGGUGGUACUAAUGCUAAUAAUGCUUCUUCUUCCUCUUUUGCAAAUCCCCAACCACCACCACAACAACAACAACAACAACUACAUCAUGGAUCACCCAAUAAUAACAACAAACGUGUCCUUUCAUCAAUGACAACAACAAAUACUACACCACAACAAUCACACACUGACGCCAAUAACUUGACGCUUGACGCCACACAACAACAACAACAACAACUUGUACAACAACAACCAACGCCAAAUACAUGCACAAAUCUCAUAACAAACACAACAACAACAUUAUCAACAACCACAACAACAACCACACCAUCGUCGAAUGCAACGAAUGCGGCGACAACGACAACUACAACCACUGCAACAACAAAUGCUACAACAACUGCCACAAAUCCAACGACAACAACAAAUAACACUAACGAACCAAACGCAACAACCAACGCCAAUGCCGAUGCGGAUGCGGACGCGGAUGCUCCGCUGGACGCAAUCGACUGGGAUGCAAUCGAUGCGAUGCUGGACGACGACUUCAGCGAGUACGACAAGGACAAGAACGGCGCCGAUGAAGCGGGCGGCUCCAAAUCAGCAGAAGGAGCUGGUGCAGAAGGCGAAGAGAAAGUCGAUGGAAGCCUCUCGGACACCGCUACGGACAGAAAGAAAGGCGGCGCCAUUGACCAGGAGCGGUCGCCCAAGGGCGGCAGCGGCAUGGGAAAGAAGUCCAACUCCACCUCACAGCUUUCGGCAACAGGUCGUAAAAGACGUAUGGGCUUUGGAAAGAAGGGUAAGAACUCGUUCACGGUGCACCGCAGCGAAGAAGUGCUGCCCGGGGAUAUCACGCGAGAGUUGCGCAGCAGCGGCGGUGCAGGCGUCAGCGGUGCCGGUGGUGCCAGUGGAGCCGGUGGUGGCGGUCUGUCCCGCGGUUCGUCCUCGGAGGCGGACGCCAUCGAGCAGUUUUUCGGCGAUGGCGCCGGCGGGGAAAGAUUCUCCCCCUCGCUGCGAAAUGAUGGUGCCCUCAAUGAAUUUGUGGAUGGCCUGGGCCCAGGACAGCUGGUGGGUCGUCAGGUGCUGGGAGCUCCCUCGCUGGGGGAUAUCCAGCUAUCGAUGUGCCACCAGAAGGGCUUUCUGGAGGUGGAGGUCAUUCGAGCCAGAGGGUUGCAGCAAAAAGCCUCAUCGAAAAUGUUGCCCGCUCCGUAUGUGAAGGUUUAUUUGGUGUCGGGAAAGCGCUGUGUGGACAAGAUGAAGACCUCGACCGCCCGGAGAACCCUAGACCCUCUGUACCAACAGCAGUUGGUAUUUAAGCAAUCAUAUUCCGGUUGCAUACUCCAGGUAACCGUCUGGGGCGACUAUGGGCGCAUCGAGAAAAAGGUGUUCAUGGGCGUGGCGCAGAUAAUGCUCGAUGAUCUGAACCUGUCGAACAUCGUGAUCGGCUGGUACAAGCUCUUUGGCACCACCUCACUGGGUCGUCCGAUUGUCUGGGCCGGCGAAUCAGUCAUUAUGGAGGAGCCGGGCGAAUAACAAUUCACAACACUCUCAACCCAAAAACCAACAAACAACACCACAACGAAAACACUUUAAGCACCUAAGCACAAUUUAAAAUCAAGCGAACUCUUACACUGAACUGGAUUCAUAACCCUUGCAGAGAGCUGCCAGCCAGGCAG